CACAACUUCGUUGAAAACAAUACACCGACUAUGGGAUUCACCGGAAUUGCGCUCCUGUUGGUGUCUUUGGCCUUCCUUGGAAGCGCUGCUGAUGAGGAAUGCAGCAACGGAACAAGACCCACAUCGCAAAAGGAUAGAGAAGGCUGCGAUUAUUACUGCUGGAACGAUGGAAGCAACUCAUGGGACCAAUAUUUUUUCGGAGACAAUGAACCCUGCUUUUACAAAGAGGGUGGCUUAAAAGGAACUUGUAAAGAAGGAAACUGCUAUUUGGAUGACAACAGUCCCACUGAGAAUCCGAAGACCGGUGAUGAUGGUGAGGGUGAUAAUGAUGAUGAUAAUGAGGAGGAGGAGGAGGAGGAAGACGAAGAAGAGGAGGAGGAGGAGGAGGAGUAUUAGGAGGAGAUUGGGGAUACGGAGAGAAAAGGAUAGAAAUUGACGAUGAAUAAAAAGAAAAAAAAAACAA